AUUGAGUUGUGCUGUGUUUCACCCAAACAAAAUUUCUUUUUUGGUUUCUCUGCUUUUUCUUUCUUUUUCACUUCCCUCCUUUAUUCUUCCUCUUUUAAUUGCAAAGGUUUUCCUUUUUUAUUUAAGAUAUUACUUUUCCUCAUCUCUUUUAUUUUUCAUCUCCCUUCUCGCUUUCAUUUAUUGCUUUGGCUUCCUGCUCUUCCUGACUUUGCACCAUCUUUUUUUCUCCCACCCUUUUCUUUCUCCUUUUGAAACAAUGCCUUCGUUGCCCUCUAAUGAAAGAUACUUUUCCAACACCUCUUCCUCAAAGCAAAAACCCUUCCAGCUUCCUUCUUUAGCAAACUUGGGCCACAUCUCUAACGAGGAUCGUUUACCACGCAUUCAGGAGCUCUCCAUGACUGACAGUUCCAAAUCCCAGGCUCCUCAGCUCCAGUCACAUCCUCUGGCCUAUCCUCAGCUAUAUCCCCAGCAGCAACUACCUCAACCCCAGAACCAACAACAAUUUUCACAAUCUUUCCAGUCGCAAUCUUUUCAGUCACAAUCUUCCCAGCCCCCUUUACAAUACCAGUUCAACUAUAACAAUAAUCUUUCCCAACCCCAAAUGCUUCCUACAAAUAAUAUACCUCUUUCAAAUUACGCUCCAAUUACCCCAAUUGCUCCCUCUUCCCCUUCUGUCUCCAAAAGUGCUUCUUCCAGCUCAAUAUCAAAAAACCCCAAUGACAAAAUUCCUUCAAAGAAACAUCUACAUAUAAGAUCCGAACAACGAAGAAGGGAGAAGAUUUCUGAUGGGUUUGCUCAAUUAAAAUUAACUGUUCCAACUGUACGACCUGGCUACGAUUCAAAAGCUGCUGUUUUAAAGAAAACCGCUGAAUAUAUUGAAGUUUUGGAAUACGAAAAUAAAGUCCUUAAACACGAAUUAGCUCUUGUGUCUUCCUAUCCUGCUCCCCAUCCUUCUCAUACAAUGCCUUAUUCCUCAGCGCCCUCCCAAAAUCCUUUUCCUCCACAGAAUGUUCAGUUGCCUCCUGGUGCUCCUCAGCUUUUGCAGCCUCAACACACAUCUACCCAAUCUCAGUCCCACUCUUCAAAUUUUUCUCAUCAAAAUAGCAUUUCAUCUUCCUCUGCUACAUCGCCUUCUGCGUCUGCUCCUCCUGCCUCCUUAACCUCAAUGUUAAACAGCAAUCACAGUUCUAUCAACAUUGAUCGUAGCUCCCAAUCCUCAGCUCAAUCACAUUCUCAAAAUGGCUUUCAGCGUCUAUCUUCUUCUACUCAAAACACAGGAACAAAAAAAUUGCCUCCUUUAGCUCCUGCUCAAUUUGGCUUCUUGCCUGGAACUUCUCCAAACUCAAAUCGCUUGCCUUCUCCAAGUUUUAUGUUCAAUCAAUCAACUACUGGCAAUGCCAACAGAAUUCCAAAUAUCAACUCAAAUCCAACCAUCUCCAACUCAUAUUUUUCCACUUCUAGUUUACAUCAAUAAGCUGUUCCAAAAUCAUUUUAAUUAUAUUCCAACUAUUUCCAAUCAACUUCCAACUAACUUCCAAUUGGCUGGAAAUUAUAAUGGUAAUUCAUUUCAUUUUAUGAUUGUUUUUCGCCUGUAUUUUACACUACUUCAUUUCUUGAUUUUUUCUAUUUUCUAUUUUUUUGGUUUUUUGGUGUGUGUUUUAUCAAAAUUUCUUUCUAUCAAUUUACUUUUUAUUCUACUCCAAUUUCUUUAACCGCUGCAAUCACUAGUUGCUAUUUUUAUUUAACUUAUUUUUUGAUCUAUUCAAAUAUUUGCCAGUUAACUAUUUAAC